GUUUAUACCGUUUUCUGUUGACUGUCAUCGUUUCGAUUUCGCGCGCAUUUCAAUGUUGAUAACUCUUCAGCAAGCCGUUUCGUAGCGUGUAUUUCUGUUGUGCGCGUUGUUCCAGUAAAAGUUUCCUAAACGCUUUCUAUAGCAAUAGAAGUACGCAACAAUGGCAGAAGAUGACCAACGCCUUGCCUCCAUUCAAAACGAGUACCUCAACUUUCUUGACGAUGAAGAAGACCAGGGUACCUAUAUGGCCCAUGUGCGGAAAAUGAUCAACGACAGAAGUAAGCGCUUGGUGGUAAAUAUUAACGAUAUCCGUCGGAAAAAUCCCGCACGAGCGCUAGCGCUACUGAACAGCGCAUUCGAUGAACAGUUGGCAUUUUCGCGUGCGCUCAAGGACUUCGUCUCGUCCAUCGAUCUUAGCUACGCUAAAACGCAGGAGGAUUUCCAUGUAGCGUUCGAGGGAAGCUUCGGAAACAAGCAUGUGACACCGCGCUCGUUAACUUCCCGCUUCCUGGGCAAUCUCGUAUGCGUCGAGGGCAUCGUGACGAAGGUGUCGCUCAUUCGCCCAAAGGUGGUAAAGAGCGUACACUACUGUCCAGCUACGAAGAAGGUAAUGGAACGCCGAUACACGGAUCUGACGUCGUUCGAAGCCGUACCGACCAGCGCAGUCUACCCGACGAAGGACGACGACGGCAACCUGCUGGAGACGGAGUUCGGUUUGUCCGUGUACAAAGACCACCAGACACUGAGCAUUCAGGAAAUGCCCGAAAAAGCCCCCGCCGGUCAGUUACCGCGCUCGGUGGACGUGGUUUGCGACGAUGAUCUGGUCGACCGUUGCAAGCCGGGCGACCGCGUGCAGAUAGUGGGCAAUUAUCGCUGCCUGCCCGGAAAGCAGGGUGGCUACACGACGGGCACCUUCCGAACCGUGCUAAUCGCGAACAAUAUUUCGCAGCUAAACAAGGAAAGCACGCUGAGCGUUACGCGCGAGGAGAUUAACAUGUGCAAGAAGCUUGCCAAAAACAAUGAUAUAUUCGAUCUGUUGGCAAAGAGCCUGGCUCCGUCCAUACAUGGGCACGAGUACGUAAAGAAGGCGAUACUGUGUCUCCUGUUGGGCGGAAUCGAGAAGAAUCUGGCCAAUGGAACGAGGCUUCGUGGCGAUGUGAAUGUUUUGCUAAUUGGCGAUCCAAGUGUCGCAAAGUCGCAGCUCCUUCGUUACGUACUGAAUACGGCCCCUCGUGCGAUCACCACCACUGGUCGCGGGUCGAGUGGCGUCGGUUUAACGGCGGCCGUUACGACCGAUCAGGAAACUGGAGAACGUCGGCUCGAGGCGGGUGCCAUGGUUUUGGCCGAUCGUGGUGUGGUUUGCAUCGACGAAUUCGAUAAGAUGAGUGACAUCGAUCGAACGGCCAUUCACGAGGUAAUGGAGCAGGGCCGUGUGACCAUUUCGAAAGCCGGUAUACACGCGUCGCUAAAUGCCAGAUGUUCCGUUCUCGCUGCUGCCAACCCUGUCUACGGACGAUACGACCAGUACAAGACACCGAUGGAAAACAUCGGUCUGCAGGAUUCGCUUCUCUCUCGGUUUGAUCUGCUGUUUGUUAUGUUGGACGUAAUCGACAGUGAUCACGAUCGCAUGAUAUCCGAUCACGUCGUGCGCAUGCAUCGCUACCGCAACCCGAAGGAACAGGACGGCGAUGUGCUUCCGAUGGGUGUGAGUGCCGUCGAUAUGCUGUCUACCAUCGCUCCAGAAUCGCUGGAAGACAAGGAAACUCCGAUGUAUGAAAAAUACGAUCUACUGCUGCACGGUGCGUCUCGCAAGCGGUCUGACCAGAUCUUGUCGAUGGAGUUCAUGCGCAAGUACAUCCACAUCGCCAAAUGCCUUAAACCGAAGCUGACUGAAACUGCGUGCGAGAUGAUCUCGAACGAGUACUCUCGGCUGCGGUCGCAAGAUUUGAUGGAUUCGGACGUAGCCCGUACCCAGCCAGUAACGGCGCGUACUCUCGAAACCCUGAUUCGUCUGUCGACGGCCCACGCUAAAGCGCGCAUGUCGCGCUCAGUGGCCGAACAAGAUGCGCAAGCGGCGAUCGAAUUGAUACAGUUUGCUUACUUCAAGAAGGUGCUGGAAAAGGAAAAGAAGAAGCGUCGCCGCGCAGAGGAUGAAGAGUCGCAGGAUGAAAUGGAAGAGGCCGACGAAGAGAUCCAGGAGGAACCGAGCACUCAAGGCACGCGUCGUUCGAAGCGAACGCGCGUGGAACAUCCGGCAGCCGGUGAAGAUUCCGAUCACGAGGAUCUGCUAACGUCUCCGCCGGAUCGAGGAGAUUUGACCCGUCGGGAUACCAUUGCCCCCAGCGAGGGUCCGGCAGCGGGAGCCAUGGAUACGGAGGAGUCUGCCGAAGGCAGUGCUGUUGUGGCGAUCAGCGAUUCGCGUUUGAAAUUAUUCCGCCAAGGUGUGUUCAUGGCGUUCAAACAUUUCCGCGAUCAGUCGGCAUCACUUGCCAGGCUGACGAAGCACAUUAACGAAAACAGUGGAGAUGAAGCGUUUACACCCGGGGAAAUAACGGCCGCCGUGAAUCAGAUGACCGAAAGUAACAGCAUCAUGGUGCAUGAUGGCAUAGUGUUCUUAAUUUAAUGGUGGACGUUUCAUGAAAUUUUGCUUUUUUUUCAUUUCACUAUAUGUUUUACCAAUACUAUUGAUCUGUUAGCUGGGUAUUAUUUUUACAAUAAAUCGUGUUUUGAGAACGAAA